AGAUUACAUAACUCACUGAGCCUGCAAACAUUUACGAACAAAUACAGUUGAAAGCAGUGAACUCGCACUGUACACACACGGCAUGGCAAUGAGGAUAUCGGCCUUGCUUUUACCGUGCAUCCUGACUGCAGUGACUUAUCCAAGCACAGCAAAUGCAAACGAUGGACUGGUGCUGCAAACUAAAUCAGGAGCUCUGAAAGGUGCACACAUCACUGCACAAGGGAAGGAAACAGUGAUCUAUACAUACCUGGGCAUACCUUUUGCCAAGCCACCUGUGGGCCCUCUGAGACUGGCUCCACCUCAACCUGCAGAGAGAUGGGGCGGAGUGAGAGAUGCCACACAGCAGCCACUCAUGUGUCUGCAGGAGAAGCAGGUAAUUGUGGACUUGUUAGCUAAUGUGUCUAUGAAACUGGAGAUUCCAGACUCAUCCGAGGACUGUCUUUACCUCAAUGUUUACACUCCUUCCAAACCUGGAGACAAUGCAAAGUUACCCGUCAUGGUUUGGAUUCACGGUGGAGGUUUGUCAAUGGGCUCUGCUUCCAUGUUUGACGGACAUGUUUUGGCAGCCUAUCAGAAUGUAGUUGUGGUCUUGAUUCAAUACAGGCUUGGACUACUUGGAUUUUUCAGCACUGGAGAUGAACAUGCACCAGGAAACUAUGGUCUUCUAGAUCAGGUGGCAGCACUCCACUGGGUCCAGGAGAACAUUCACAGCUUUGGCGGAGAUCCUGGAUUAGUGACUAUCUUUGGAGAAUCUGCAGGAGGUGUCAGUGUGUCUUUACAUGUUCUUUCACCAUUGUCUUCAAACCUCUUCCAUCAUGCUAUCGCAGAGAGUGGUACUGCAGCAAUGGAUGCUAUCAUGAGACCCAAUCCUCUGCCAUUAGCUCAGGUUGCAGGCAAUGUAUCUGGCUGUGAUAUUUCUAGCACAAAGAAGAUUGUGGAAUGUGUAAUGCAGUUGUCAGAAGAGGACAUCUUGAAGAUUGCUCAGGAGAACCCACUGCUUCAGUUUGGAGUGACAACAGAUGGCCAUUUCCUUCCUAAAACUGUAGAAGAUCUUCUUAAAUCCCACAAGUUUAACAAAGUGCCUCUCAUGACUGGACUUACUGAUGAUGAGUGUGGAUAUAUGCUGCCUAAUUUCAUGGCACCUCCAGGAUGGACUGAUGGGAUGGACCGAGAGCAGAUCAUGCCGUUUUUGCAGAUGUUUUUUCCUGAUCUUCAGGAUCAGUCAACUGUUGAAGUUGUGUUAAAUGAGUAUCUUGGCUCAUCCAGUGACAGGAUCAAAAUCCGAAAUGGUUUUAGAGAGAUGUUGGGGGACUUUUUUUUCAACAUACCAGCUCGCAUAAUAGCAAAUUACCACAGAGAUGCUGGUGCACCAGUAUACAUGUAUGAAUUCCAGCAUCCUCCCAGUAUACUUCAAAAGCAAAGACCAAGUUUUGUUGGAAGUGAUCAUGGAGAUGAAAUUGUAUUUGUUUUUGGUUACUGCUUUGCAAAUGGGCAUAUUAAGCUGGAAGGUGAAUUGACAGAGAAAGAAAAUGAACUUUGUAGAACUGUCAUGGAUCAUUGGGGGAACUUUGCUCGCACUGGGUCUCCAAAUGGUCAGGGCCUCACAACAUGGCCUGAAUAUGGUGCUGAGGCUGAGUAUCUCGGUAUUGGACUGAAACAAAAACCUGGUAAAAACCUGAAGGGAAAACACUUUACUUUCAUGACCCAAACCCUUAAACGGAUCAUAAAGGAGCGAAAGGAAGGACCUGUAGUGCAAACCAAAUUAGGAAGUCUAAGAGGUGCCUUCCUCACAGUGAAGGGCAAGGAAACACUUGUCAGUAGUUACCUAUCUGUACCAUUCGCAAAGCCACCUGUGGGGCCCCUGAGACUGGCUCCACCCCAACCUGCUGAGAAAUGGCACGGAGUGAGAGAUGCCACAAAACAGCCACCCAUGUGUAUUCAGGACAGGCAGGUGACUGUGAAUGAACUGGAGUUUCUCUCUAUGAACUUGGAGGUGCCAAAAGUGUCAGAGGAUUGCUUGUAUCUCAACAUCUACACUCCAUCCAAACCUGGUGAAGAUGCCAAGUUACCAGUUAUGGUUUGGAUCCAUGGUGGAGGACUAAGUUAUGGUUCAGCCUCAAUUUAUGACGGAUCAGUCCUGUCAGCGUAUCAGAAUGUGGUCGUGGUGAUAAUUCAGUACAGAUUGGGUCUGCUAGGAUUCCUCAGUACAGGAGAUGAACAUGCACCAGGAAACUAUGGUCUUCUGGAUCAGGUAGCAGCACUCCAGUGGGUCCAUGAGAACAUCCACAGCUUCGGUGGAGAUCCUGGAUCAGUGACUAUCUUUGGAGAAUCUGCGGGAGGAAUAAGUGUUUCCUUGCUGGUUCUCUCCCCACUGGCUUCUGGUCUGUUCCAUCGAGCUAUAGCAGAAAGUGGUACUGCUGUUUGGGAUGGUCUUGAGAUGGCCAAUCCUUUACCAUUAGCUCAGCAUGUAGCCAAAUCAUCAAACUGUGACUUUAGUAGUUCCUCAAAGAUUGUUGACUGCAUUACGAGCUGGUCUGAAGAGGAAGCUGUGAAAUAUUCCAAACAGUACAGGAUGAUGUACUUCAGAGUUGCAGUGGAUUCAUAUUUCCUUCCCAAGUCCAUAAAUGAGAUCAUUCAGAACCAAGAAUUCAGUAAAGUUCCUCUCAUAACUGGAAUUACUGAUGAUGAGUUUGGCUUUUUGUUGCCCAGUUACUUUGAUAUUCCAGGAUGGACUGAGGGAAUGGAUAAAGAACAAGCCGUCCAAAAGUUGAUUUUAGCUUUUCCUGAUCCAAAGGAUCGAUGGAUCAUUGACCUGGUGGCAAACGAGUACCUGGGCAACACUAAUGACCGCAUUCAAAUCCGAGACAUUUAUAGAGAGAUGAUGGGGGAUGUGCUGUUUAAUAUUCCUGCCCUAAAACUGGCAAAAUACCACAGUGCCUCAGGAGCACCAGUUUACCUGUACGAGUUCCAACAUCCUCCCAGUAUGAUCAAGAAGAAUAGGCCCAGCUUUGUUGGUGUCGACCAUGCAGAUGAACUGUUUUUUGUUCAGGGCAGCUGCUUCACGAAAGCCCAUAUCACUAUAACUGCUCCGUUUACAAAGGAAGAAGAUGAACUAUGCAGAACUGUGAUGGCCUACUGGGGGAACUUUGCUCGCACUGGGUCUCCAAAUGGUCCCGGUCUCAUACUAUGGCCUGAAUAUGGAUCUGAGCACGAGCAUCUCGGCAUUGGACUGGAACAGAAACCUGGGAAGAACCUGAAGGGAAAACACUAUACAUUCCUUACUAAGACGCUUCCAGAGCUUGAACGCCAAGGCCGAAAGAGGCACUCAGAACUGUAGAAGAAAUAUUUGUUGCUUUAUCCCCUCAAAAAUGGACACCAAGCACUUGAAACUAUUUCAGAAUCAUUUUUUAAAGUAAUUCAGAGGGUAAAACUGAAAAAAGGGAAAGAUAACUGUGAUUAUAUCAUAAGGAUUUGCAUAUAGUUAAAAUUGCACUGAAAAGGGACCAUCUUUGAAGUUAAGAAAGUUCUUGAGAAUUGUCCAACUUGUGCAUGAGAAGUCAUCUGACACAUUGAUAAAUGUACUUGGAACAACUGACCAAAUAACAGUUUGUUUACUAAUCUGUGUCACACUUAAAAAUAAAAUGCUGAGUCGGACAACA